AUGGGAGGGGUUACUUCAUCGAUCGCUGCUAAAUUCGCGUUCUUCCCACCAACGCCACCGUCUUACGAGGUGAUAGCCGACGAUAGCUGCGGCGGACGCCUGUACAUACCGGAGAUUCCUCGCCGCGACGAUGUCGACAUCCUGAAGCUCCGUACUCGUUGUAACAAUGAGAUCGUGGCGGCUUAUAUCAAACACUCCAAGGCUAACGGCACAAUUCUGUAUUCUCACGGUAACGCCGCCGAUUUGGGACAAAUGUUUGAGCUUUUCGUCGAGCUCAGCAAUCGCCUUCGCGUUAAUCUUAUGGGGUAUGAUUACUCUGGCUAUGGUCAGUCUUCAGGACAGGCAAGCGAGUGUAACACAUAUGCUGACAUAGAAGCAUGUUAUAAAUGCCUCAAAGAAAAGUAUGACACAAAAGACGAUCAACUGAUACUAUAUGGUCAAUCAGUCGGUAGUGGACCAACGGUCGAUCUAGCCUCGCGCACACCUAACUUGAGAGGCGUGGUACUACAGUGUCCGAUUCUCUCCGGGAUGAGAGUUUUGUAUCCUGUAAAAUGUACAUAUUGGUUUGACAUUUACAAGAAUAUUGACAAGAUCGGUGCAGUUGCAUGUCCUGUAUUAGUAAUCCAUGGAACUGCGGACGAAGUAGUUGAUUAUUCGCAUGGACAUCGGCUUUGGGAGCUUAGCAAAGAGAAGUAUGAGCCUUUGUGGAUAAGUGGAGGUGGACACUGCGACCUUGAACUCUAUCCAGAAUUCAUUAAACAUCUGAAGAAAUUUGUUGUAUCACUUGGCAACAAACAAGCAGAGAAAGCUACAGAUUGA